CUGUUUGUUUCACAUGAUAAGUAUUAUUGUACAUUUCUGUAGUGUAUGUACAUGCCAUGAUAGUUGUCUAAUCUACGUCAUGCACUUGGAAGCUCUAUAUUUCUAAUAAAGUGUAACAAUCAUGCAAUUACCGUUAAUUAAAAGCAUUCAAGGCAUGAGAUACUCAACGUCUGUUUCUCUCUCAGAGCUUUUGCAUUGCAUCAAUUCUAUUUCCAGAAAGCCUUUCUUGUGAUACUUUCAGACAUUUCUCAGCUUUUUCUUCUCUUUGUGUCUAGAUACUCAGAAAAAAAGGGAAGGCCUCCAUGUUGUGAAAAGUCCAAUGUCAAGAAAGGUCUCUGGACCGCAGAAGAGAUGCUAAGAUCUUCGCUUAUGUUGCAAUCCAUGGUGUAGGAAACUGGAGUUUGAUCCCCAAGAAAACAUGUUUGAAUCGAUGUGGAAAGAGCUGUAGACUGAGGUGGACUAAUUACUUAAGACCUGACCUUAAACAUGACAGCUUCUCUCCUCAAAAAGAAGAGCUUAUCAUUCAGUGUCACAGAAUCAUUGGCAGCAGGUAAAGAAGAUACCUAAUUGCUAAUUAACUUCUUUAAAACAUGACAAGAAUCUAUCAAACUACUUCAUCCCAUUUCUCUAGCAAUUCAAAUCAUUUGGUCAGUGGAGCGACAUCUUCAUGUUCUUCCUCAUCGUCUUCUGCUAGUAUCAACCAAUGGGCUCAGGCAACGUUUACUACAUUCUGCUAGAGUGAUUAUCUUCUCCCAGACCCUGUUCAUCCAUGAGUUCUCAGACACAAGUAGCAACCUCACUUUUGCGCAGACGGAAAACUUCAACAGCCAAGCUGAGUCCAGCUCUAAGAACAUUGCUACCAAAGCAUCUGGAACGUGCCAUUCAGUGAGUUCCUUUGUGGAUGAAAUAUUGGAUAAGGACGAGGAGAUGAUGUCACAGUUUCCUCAACUCUUGAAUAGCUUAGAUUUAUUAGAUCCUUCUUUUUGUUGUUAUUGUUGCUUCUCUUGUAGCUUCUUUUAUGUCAAGAACUAUUUCAUGUGCUUUUUCAAUAAUUUUCUUCUCUCUUUAUGAUCUUUAUUAUCACCAAAGCUUCUUGGGAUCCAAAUAUGUUUCAGUCUAAAAACAUACACAGCUCAGAUUGGACCAUCUGUCUGCAAGAGAAGGUUCUAGUUCAUUCGCUUAAAAGGCAAUGAACAGAGGCUGGGAUUAAAGAGCUAGUUUUGUUCCAAAGUUUGAAUACUAGAAUAAGUUGUUUUGGAUGUAAAAUAAUGCAGCUACUCUUCUGGCUGUUACAUCUCAAAUACUAUGAUUUUCCGCACUUGCUUUUAUCAUGUGAUACAAGAUCAUUUAGUUUUCAUUUCUGUUUCUUGUUGUCACAUAUUCUUACUAUCUCGUGUUAUAUGUUUGCAGUUCCUUUUGUACAUCAAUUGCCAUUUUGUUUGUUGCCAAGUCCUAGCAUGGAAACAAGUUGCACUAAUAUAAUGGUGUAACUACAGUUGUACACACUUUGAGAUAUAAUGUCAGUUAGAGUUUUUUCCUUUUUUCCAUUACAUAUGGCUUUGUUUGAUGGCCUUAAGUCUGAGAGACAACUUGCUACACACAACUUCUAUAUGUAUGUAUAAUGUACGUCAAUAACUAUCCUAAGCAUUUCUUAUAACUUAGACAAAACCUUUAUGAGAGUGACAUAACUAAGGUAUGUGUUAAUCUUUCUUCCCUUCUUUCUAAUUUAUUCUACUUUGGUAACCAACUCUUACAUAGAGCAUGCAAUUAGAAAACUCUAGAGGGAAAUAUUGAGAUGCCUUUACUCACACAAUCACUGUAAGAAUCAAUACCAGAAGGACACCAUCAUGAUCAUGUGUAAGGUCCCUAUACAAUACAGGGGAUACAUUUAUAUAGUAAUAAAAUUGUGGGGUUAUAUCUAUUUAAACUUUGGCUUUACUACUAUGUACAAGGCAAGCUUCUCUUUCCCACCAAGGCCAAAAGAAAGUUUGCUUGUGACAUAGAAACAAACUGACUUCAUCUUCCCUAGCUGUCAAUCAGAUAUGGAUUCUUUUCUUCACAAUCUGGACAUGUUUCUGAAUCAGUUUAAGUUUAUCAUUUCAUAUCUGCUUUAAUGUAUUGUUUAGUGAAUACUCUUUUCUGCUAAUUGGUUCUUGGUAAGGAGGGAAUACUUAACAAGGAAGAAAGUUGUGGCUUUAGAUCUUUUUCACAGGUUUGUUUCUUAUUUAUGCAUUACAUUCUUAAUUGAUUCUUAUUGUUUAAAGGAAAGAUCCAAGUGAGAUAAGAUAGUGGUAAAGAAAAGAGUAGGCUUGCUAAUACUCAAGUCACAAAAGGCACACUGUCAUAUGCUUUAUAAUGGCUUAAAAUAUAUGUAGUUAGGGGAGCCUGUGAGGUCCCCAAUGGUUUGCUGCAUGAAAAAUCGCAUCUCAAAGCAAAUAAAAAAGGUACUUAACGGGCCCAUAUGUUACAUAAAGAUAUGUUUUUCCAUAACUUUCUCUUCUUCUUGCUUCCUUUUUUUUUCUCUACGUGGACACCUACCUAUGUAUGAUGCUGCUUUGUGUCCAUCAUUUUUAAAUAGACCCAAUCACGGAUCUGUCUUUCCAAGCUGUAGGGACAUACGUUGCAGUAUGGGUGGAAAUGGCAUUAUAGCUUUGGUUAGAGUUGUUGUGUCUCUUGUUAUUAUUGUGUUUCUUCUUGUUGGUAUCUUAGCAAACGCUGCACAAAGUGUUCCAUCAACAGAAAAGGUCAAGAGUUUGCGGUUUAGUGGUAAAGAUGUGAAUCUGUUUCAUGUAAGCAAGCGAAAAGUUCCAAAUGGAGCUGAUCCUAUCCACAACAGGAAAGAAACUUCAAGACAGCCACCACGAGUAUGAUCUAGCUUCCAAUAUUUACGACUUGUAAGACAAGAUAGUGGAUAACUCGACCUUCUCAAUUGCGUUUUCACGUCAAGAAGCUAGUUUUUUCUUCUGGGGCAGUCCAUAACUUCAGAUUCAGAUUAUAUGCUAAGAACACAUAGCUCGUGAAGCCUUGCUCUGUUUUCCAAAGGUGAAGUCUUGCUCUCUUUUUCUUUUUGGGAACAUUGUGUCUGGAGAUUACAAACUUUUAAAAGUAAAGGUGUAGAGAGAACAUUGAUGCAGAUAUUAAGACUUUUAAGGACUUUGUAGGGUUUUUAUAAUAACAUUUGUAUUGAUUAUAGGCUUAUGUCUUUAUCCAACUCUCAUGUUUUCCUCAUAGUUCUUUCUUUCUUUUUGUCUUUUAUUUAUUUAAGUUUAAAGUCUGCUUUUGUGUUUCCUCUGCUAAAGCAAACCAUUAAACUAAAGUUGUCUGUUUUCAAAAACU